UGGUUGUUAUAGUGAUAAACUGAGGCCUUGCCUCUCAGGCGUCUCUGAGAAAGGGGCGGCGUGUGUGUGUGGGGGGUAACCUCUUACUUCCCCCAGAGAAGACAGAAAGAAGGGGAGAAGCAGGGGGAUGGGUAGGGAAGAGAAAAAUACGUGACAAAGAAAACAUUCUCCGCCUGGGAGGAGACUCCCAGAGGGUGUAGAGCUGGAGGGAGCAUUCACUGGCCAUGCCAGUACUUACCACUGAUGCUGAGUCAGAAACAGGUAUCCCAAAAUCCCUUUCCAAUGAGCCUCCCUCAGAAACCAUGGAGGAAAUAGAGCACACAUGCCCACAGCCUCGACUGACGCUGACGGCACCAGCUCCCUUUGCAGAGGAGUCCAGCUGCCUGUGUCAAGCACCCCAUGAAAAGCUGACCAUUGCUCAGGCCCGCUUAGGAACGCCAGUUGACAGGCCUGUCAGAGUCUAUGCAGAUGGAAUAUUUGACCUUUUUCACUCGGGUCACGCAAGGGCACUUAUGCAAGCAAAAACACUGUUUCCCAACAGCUACUUGUUGGUAGGAGUUUGCAGUGAUGACCUUACCCACAAGUUCAAAGGUUUUACUGUGAUGAAUGAAGCAGAGAGAUAUGAGGCUCUCAGACACUGUCGCUAUGUGGACGAAGUCAUCCGAGAUGCUCCAUGGACUCUCACACCAGAGUUUCUGGAAAAACACAAGAUUGACUUUGUGGCUCAUGAUGACAUUCCAUAUUCCUCCGCUGGUUCUGAUGAUGUUUAUAAGCACAUAAAGGAAGCAGGAAUGUUUGUGCCGACACAGAGAACAGAAGGCAUCUCAACAUCAGAUAUCAUCACCAGAAUUGUCCGUGACUAUGAUGUUUAUGCCCGACGCAACCUCCAGAGAGGGUACACGGCCAAGGAACUGAAUGUCAGCUUCAUAAAUGAGAAGAAGUACCGUUUCCAGAACCAGGUGGACAAGAUGAAAGAAAAGGUCAAGAAUGUGGAGGAAAGGUCAAAGGAAUUUGUUAACAGAGUAGAAGAAAAGAGUCAUGACCUAAUUCAGAAGUGGGAAGAGAAGUCAAGGGAAUUCAUCGGCAAUUUUCUAGAAUUAUUUGGACCUGAUGGAGCAUGGAAACAGAUGUUCCAAGAGAGGAGUAGCCGGAUGCUACAGGCCUUAUCCCCAAAGCAGAGCCCCGUGAGCAGCCCCACCAGGAGCCGGUCCCCUUCCCGCUCCCCAUCACCCACCUUCUCGUGGCUCCCGAUCAAAACCUCGCCCCCCUCCUCACCCAAAGCAGCCUCAGCCUCCAUCAGCAGCAUGAGUGAGGGGGAUGAGGAUGAGAAGUAAAGGUGGCUGGCAGGCAAGAGCCACACCACACAGGAUGGGGAAGAGGGGGGUCCCAGAGAUGCCUGGGUGGUGUUUGAAGGGGAAGAACUGUGGGAGCUGCAGCUCAUCAGGGAGACCCUGAGCUCUGCCAUGGGAAGGUGUUGGUUGGCCAGCUCUCCCUCACUCCCGACACAGCCUGCCAAGGGCUCAGCAUGGAGGUUUCCAGCCAGACAACCUAGACCAACCUUCUUAGCCUCAUCUAGAGUCACUCCACUCAACUUCUGUUAAGGAAAGGCAUGGAGCACCCCAGGGAGACUCACAUUGAGUGGAGUGACUUGUACUUGGGUCCAUACACCCAUCCCUAUCAAGUGAACCACCCAUGGAAGCGGCUGUCCCUCAUCCUGCUACUUCUGGCUCUCUAAGGGCCUGCACGUUGUCUCCUAACACUCAAGCUCUGCCACAAUACAUUUACUUCCAGGUGAGGUGGCAAAGCACCUCCCAAAUAGUCAAGUUACAGACAAAUUCCAGCCUUCUCAGUUCAGCCACUAAGACCUGGUAUUGCAAUGCACCAGAUCUUUCCAGUUCC